AUGACAAGUUAUACGCCAAGUGAACCUGCUUUUUCUUCUCCAUUGAAACCAGUUGACUCGCCUUCAUCAUUACCAGCCAAGACUUUAUCAGAAACAGAAGUGCUCCGUGGUAUCACCCACAAUGGUCCUUCAGAUACUUCAGCUUUAGUUGAUGCAAUAAGCUCUAAACAUGUAACAAGCACUACGACUGCAGUCGUUGCAGCACCUGCUCGGCUGGGUACGUACUCUUUUGUUGUAGCAGGGACGAAUUUUCAGAUCGAUGACAAGUAUAAAUUUAUCAAGGUCAUUGGUCGUGGCGCGUAUGGAGUUGUCAUCUCUGCGGAAAAUACAGAGACAAAUGAGAAAGUAGCGGUGAAGAAGAUCUCGAGAGCGUUUGAAGACCUCGUAGAUGCCAAGCGCAUUUUGCGCGAGAUAAAGCUCUUGCAGCACUUUGACCAUGAAAACGUGAUUACGAUCGUAGACUUGUUGCCACCAUUAUCCCUGGCACAGUUUGACGACGUGUAUAUCAUUGCAGACCUUAUGGAGACAGACUUGCACCGAAUAAUUUACUCGAGACAGCCACUAACUGAAGACCACGUACAAUAUUUCCUGUACCAGAUUUUGCGAGCGCUCAAGUAUAUUCACUCAGCAAACGUUCUUCACAGGGACUUGAAGCCUUCGAACCUGCUCUUGAACUCGAAUUGUGACUUGAAGGUAUGCGACUUUGGUCUAUCGCGAGGCGUUACGCCCGAGGAAGAUAACAUGGAGCUCACGGAAUAUGUCGUCACGCGCUGGUACCGUGCACCCGAGAUCAUGCUCUCAUCCAGGGAGUACACAAAGGCUAUUGACAUUUGGUCUACUGGGUGCAUUUUCGCGGAGUUACUCGGUCGUACACCGCUCUUCCCUGGCGAUGAUUAUAUUCACCAACUACAGAUUAUCUGUGACAAAAUUGGAACUCCGAGUGAAGAGGACCUGCACUUCGUUGUCAGCGAGAGAGCUAGACGGUUCAUGCAAAGCCAGCCCGUGCGACCUGGAAUGUCCUUUGCAAAACUUUUCCCGAAUGCAGCACCCGAAGCCAUUGAUUUGCUACAGCAUAUGCUUUUGUUUGAUCCUGCGAAACGUAUUUCAGUGGAGGAAGCACUGGAACAUCCGUAUUUGGCAUCAUUGCACAACCUGGAGGACGAGCCUGUUGCUGACAGCGUUUUCAGCUUUGAUUUUGAGAAAGAGGAUCUCACGAAGUCUCGGCUGAAGGAACUCAUCUACGAGGAAAUCUUUAAAAUUCACCCCGAUGCACCACAGAACUUCUCAAAAUUGCCCCACGAGAGUUUAGGCAGCCCACUAUCAGAGCAGGUGCUCAGUCCGAGGUCAGUUGCCACUCGAUACAAUAUUUGCUGCCACAAACACCGUUCAUAA